GGAGGUAGAAACGCCUGCGCCGCUAGUUUGCCGGUAAUCGCCUUCGCGCUCAGGCGAGUCGGACCAGUUGCAGUGCCCGCCCCAUCGCUCUUUGUUUUCAUUCAACACGAUUCUUUGUGUUCGCGCGAUGGACGAAGCCUUUGUUCUAUCUAGUUAAGUGUGGCUCUAAGUGCUAGUGGCAAUGGCUACCGACAGCCAGUCGGACUCGCAAGAGACUAAUUCGACGUCGCUGGUGGAGGAUUCUAUUAACAUCACCUUCGAAGACGUUUGCUACAAAGUGCGACAUGGUUUCUUGGCUGGAGGACAGAAGACCAUUUUGAACGCGAUCAGCGGGCAAUUCAAUGCGGGAGAGUUGAGCGUCAUCGUGGGCCAGUCGGGCGCCGGCAAAAGCUCUCUAAUGGACAUCCUUGCGGGAUAUACGAAGCCAACCAGUGGAAGAGUGCGUGUGAACGGUCGAGUGCGAAAUGAGAAAAUGUUCAGGCGGAGAUCUUGCUACAUCCUCCAAGACGACAAAGUUCAUGACAUGCUCACUAUACAAGAGUCCCUCACGAUCGCCGCUGAGCUGAAGCUGGGAAACCAUGUCAGCAGUAAACAGAAACUUCAAAGGGUAGAUGAGAUAAUAACCUCACUAGGCGUGGGUCAAGCGCGGGGUACGAGAGCUGGGAGCUUGUCGGGAGGUCAGAAGAAAAGGCUGGCGAUCGGGCUCGAACUAGUCAGCGAUCCACCCGUCAUGUUCCUGGAUGAACCUACAAGUGGGCUGGACUGCUCGAUAUCAAAGCAACUGAUCUACCUGCUGCAUCUUCUGGCACGGCAAGGGAGGACGGUGGUCAUCAGCAUGCACCAGCCCUCGGCCAUGCUGCUGCACAUGGUGGACAGGCUGUUCGCGGUGGCGGCUGGGAGAUGCGCCUACAUGGGCUCCGUGCCUCUGCUGCUGCCUUACUUGGAACAGAUUAACCUCAUCUGCCCGCCAUAUCACAAUACUGUAGACUUUUUUUUAGAAGUAUGUGCCGAGAAUGAGGAUAGACUAGUGCAAUGUUCGCGAAACGGAAAAAGCGAAGAGUGGACACAAAAUAUACCCAAUGAGACUGAUAGGAAAUUAAUAGAAUAUAAAAGGAGUAAAAGUGAAGAAGUAUAUUUGACUUCCUUACCCGCCCCCAAAGAAGACCCAACUCGUAAAAUAUUAUUAGCUCUUAAAAGCACGUACCCAACAUCUCCUUGGAAGCAGUUUAUAGUUCUAACUUGGAGAGCAUUAUUGUCUGUCUGGCGCAGUCCGUCCUUUACAAUUAUGAUGACAGGUAUUCACUGCUUUAUGGCGCUUUUUAUUGGAUUCCUGUACUACAAUGUCGGUGAAGAUGCGAAGUACGUGCGUGACAACUACAACUUCUUGUACUUCAGCCUCAUGUUCCUUAUGUUCACGGCCUUCAAUGCAGUUACUAUUAGUUUUCCAGAACAAAUCCCAGUUACAAGAAGAGAACACUUCAACCGAUGGUAUAACACUGGAGCGUACUACGCAUCAACAUUAGUAUCCGCUUUGCCCACGCAAACAGUGUGUACGACCUUGUUCGCCUGCAUCACAUAUUGGAUGACGGGGCAACCAGCGGAGUAUAUCAGAUUUUUCAUAUUCUGCUGCACGCUUAUGCUUGUAUCCUUCGUUGCGCUGUGCAUCGGACUUUGCAACGGCUCCAUGUUUAAUGUGAAAAAUGGCGUUGUCUUCGGUCCGUUCUUCAUUAUGCCGUUCACAAUAUUCUCCGGCUUCUUCCUCAGAUACAGCGAUGCACCAUCUUUCGUCCGGUGGCUCUUUCAAGCAUCAUUUUUGAAGCAUGGACUAGUCGGAUUAGUUAUAUCCAUCUUCGGACUGGAUCGCCCUAGGCUGACGUGUUCAGAUUUAUACUGUCAUUACUCCCGACCCUCACAAUUUCUAAAGGACAAUGAUAUGGCAGGUGAAAAGUUUUCAAUGGCUGUUGUAGCCCUUCUUGCCAUAGGGUUCGUAUUUAUCGCGUGUGCCUACAUAGUUUUAAAAAUAAGAUUGAAAAGCAAAUGGUGAUAAUAGUAUAGGUAAUAAUUUUCUUAAAAUGUGAUUUAUUGACAAACUGAUUUUUAUAAGUGAGUGUGAAUAUAGCUGAUUCUGGAGUUGGCAAAUGUUACGUGUACAAUGUAGAUAAUAAAUGUAAGAUACCAAACCAAACUUAUAAUUUAUAAGUUAUAAUUUAUAGCUAUGUUAAGCUAGAACAAACAUUCCAAUUUUUGUGUACCAAUCUUUUACAUAAAUAGGUACAUUAUGUGCGUCUGUACUUUAAGUGACUAAACAGAAUUCUGAUACGAUAAUACCGUCUGAUACAAAUUCCGUGGUGAGUAAAUCUUGUUGGUCUUUGGUAACUUACGGUCACGUGGCAGACCUGCGUAUUAGCUUGAUUUAGCAUCUAGAUUGUAGACCUUUGGAAGUGUAGCAAAUGAUGCUCACAGACUUUGCAUUUAAAAUAAGGUGCUAGAAUAUUCUCAACGUAGGUAUAUUGAGAAAUAUUGUAAUGACUGAGGCACCUAAAACAAAAAUAAUUUUCCUAUAAGUACCUACUGUUUCCAAGGGUUCGUGGAAACUUAGCAAAUAACUUAGCAAAAGUAAAUUAUAGAAAAGAUGUACCUACCUACUAUUUACGUAGGUAAGUUUGUCACGUAGCUCGCCAGAGCCCAAUAACAUUUGCAUCAGUUGUUUUCAUUUAAGUAAUGCGUUAUUAAUUGCCGUUAAAUUGUAUCUACCGUUAACGUUGCAGCCGCAAAAUUUUGUAAAUCUAAUUUCUUUAGUGUAUCACAAGAAUCUCAACCAUGAAGUAAUAAUAUUUUGUCAUAUUUUUACGCUUAAGUACAGAUGUGGUGGAAAAUGGAAAUGAACAGACAAAUCAUCACAAACAGACACCAAAUAGUUCGCUAGAAAAUCCUAGUCUUAAUGGCGUGGCAUUGUUAAGUUGGUAGGGUUUUAUUUAUAAACUGCUCAAUUUCGUUGCAUUUAAGAUAAGUUGGUGGAGAUAGUUAAAAUACAUAGAGUAUUAA